UUGAAUCAUAAAUUGCACUGACGCAAAUCGCUCCCAUUCUUCCUCCCUUUUCCAAGCACCCAUGAUGCAUACUUCCUCGUAGUCUGAGGAGCAUUUGAAUCAUCAGUUGCACCGGAAUUGUUGCAAUUUUUUUCUGCAUCGUAUAGAACCAAGUUCAACCAACAUCCAAAGCGAGCAUAGGGGCAUCCACGCGAUAAGGAUCACAUAUCUACCUGUCUGAACACUUUUGACGGUUUGACCAAAGCCCGUAAGGAUGAUGCAUGCUCGUGCUCCUCCCGCGUAUUCCGACGCCCCACCAGACUACGGGGAAGCAUCAGGAUCGGGGCCGGCGAAGCCGUUGACGGGCAUCGGUCUGCAAGCGAUGGAUUUUCUGCCGCGCAUGACGGCCGAAGACGGCCCUUCCAACCGUCCCGAGUACGAGUCCUUCAGCCUGCUCGUGGAUCGCGCCAACGCCUUCCUUCGCCAAAACCCCCACUGGACCGUCAGCACAUGCGAGAGCGUGGAGUUUCGGGCCUUCGACCGCGGACGCAACAUCGACACGGUGGGAUCCGUCUUCACGGCAUACGGUGAAGCCAACAAUCGUUACAUUCGAGGCCUGAGGCUCUGGGCGCAGCUCCGCCCUCCUGCGUCUGGCCCGCCGGUCGUUGAGCAGAUCGGCUACCGGAACGUUCUUCCGGAAAUCCGCGGCGACCAGGUGGAGCGGCUGGACGGCGUAGUGCACCGCAUCAACAGCAUUCCCUUCCAAGGCCGAGUCAUCACGGUCGAGACACAACCUAUCAAAUGGGGCAGCAGCGGGCUGGAUCCGGAUCGCACCAUCUGGACGGAGCGGGGGUCGGCGCGCGAGACUUUCGUCAAUCUCAUCCGCAUCUUUUACAUUAUGGGCCCGGUUCAGCACGCGGAAGUGGGUUUGGCUGAUUUUGUGCCAGCCAUGUUGGAUCAAGGCGGCGCUUUUUCCAAUCCUCGCAUGGAGACCUUCCCGACGGUGAUGCAGCGUGUCCGACAGUGGCUGCUGUCGGUGCCGCCCAAUUACCGGCCGGUUAACGUUCAGACUGUAAUGUUCCGUUGGAGCUACAACAAAGGCAUCGAUACCAAGGAUAUGACGUAUCACGAGAACAAAAAGCACCUCAAUUAUCUUCGGUAUCUGCGUGUGGGCUACAUUGUGGAGAAUCCGGCCGACGGGCCCAUCUCCCGUUCGACCAUCCAGUUGGGCAGUAAACUCGUUGUUCCCGGAAUGAGUGUGGAGCCGGGAUGUUGUGAGGACGGGGCUUUUGAAUCACAGGAUUCGUGCCGUCAGCGGGUAGAUGUUUGGGUUAAAGCGGCCGGGGCACGGGUCGUCUCGGCGGAGACGCUGGUAAUGCGCAUCGCCGGCGGCGGUGAGUCCGUGUACGGCUUCGAUGCCAUGCAUACCUGGAACGACACGCAUCAGACGCGUUCAAGCAACAGUAGCUCCACGAAGCGGGACGAUGAACGCUUUGUGUAUCUGUACCGGAUUUACACCGAUGGGAUUGUACCGGAACGAGCAACGGUGGAAGAUAUGCAGUUACAGGAUUACACACGACGGACGGAUAGUGGGGAAGGAUGUACAAUUUUAUAAGUUUCAGUCGGAUACGGGCUUCCUUUUUAACCGUAGUUAAUUUUAUUUUUAUUUUCGAUAAUUAUAUAUAAUUUUUUAUCGUCUUAGGUUGUGAUUUUUGUGUAUAGCGAAUUUUAAUUCAUUUUAUGGCAUAUUAAUAUAUUGUUUUUGGGUUGUUUUUGUUGUUUUCUUGUCAGUUGUCACACUCAGAAACGUAUUGGUGUUAAAAUCCA